GAUGCACUCAAGUUUCGGUCCGCGUUUUCAGGCACACGUCAACGUCGCGUCGUCGGUGCGCGUUUGCACAGUCACUGUUGUACUUGUCCGUCCGAACAUUAUCCUGGUCGUUUUAAAUCAAAAAAAAAAAAAUAUAUAUAUAUUAAUAAUAAUUACCGAAAAACUCGGUUCGUUAACGUCCGACGUGUUCACGUUUUUUUUUUGUAGUUUGUUAAAAAAAUGCAACUACCACUCCGACGUUAUUUGGAGUGAAAAGUUUUUUUUAUUUUUUGGUUUCGUUUUUGUGUGUGUGUGCGUUUGUGCGCGUUUGUUUGUUUUUUUUUUUUUGGAUUUGUUGCCUGAUAAAAGAAAAAAAACCUGUGUGACGUGUGUUUUGUUUCGGUGCUGUUGCAGGAAUCCAGACCACAAGACGGCGUUCGGUCAUUAUGUAAAAGCGAACCACCGCAGUUACUGCAGUGAGAGGUCAGUUUGGACAAUGUGUAUCGAAGGACAAGCCGGGGAUUCGUGUGCUUUAACUACCAGACAUUCAGAACUAGUAUCGACCAGUAAUUAUGGCGUUAUAGUCAACGGCACCGGGGGAUAUGAUAUUCGCCUUAAUAGCGGCCGGAUCAGCUCUGAAAGCUGGCCUGACAAUAGUUGGGACGAGCGUAUGGCUGAUACCGGUGAUGAUAGCCGCAAUGGCCUACUACCGGUAUGACCUGUACGACCCGGAAUCGCGGACUUUCAACCAAAAAAUACUCCGCCGAGAGUAUGACUUUAUCAUAGUGGGUGGCGGUUCCGCCGGCGCCGUGGUCGCCAGUCGGCUGUCGGAAAUUGGUCAUUGGAGUGUUUUGCUGUUGGAAGCCGGUCAGGACGAAAACGAACUGUCGGACGUUCCGUCGCUCGCGGGCUAUCUUCAGCUGUCACGACUCGACUGGCAAUACAAGACCGAACCCACGGGUAAAGCAUGUCUGGGCAUGAAAAAUCUGCGGUGCAAUUGGCCAAGAGGCAAAGUGUUGGGCGGUUCCAGUGUGCUGAACUAUAUGUUGUACGUGAGGGGUAAUCGUUACGACUACGACGGGUGGCGGGACAUGGGCAAUGAAGGUUGGGGAUACAGCGAAAUCCUUAAGUACUUUACAAAAUCAGAGGACAACCGCAACCCGUACUUGGCCAGGCCUGGAUCGCCGUAUCACAGGUCUGGCGGACUCCUAACGGUACAAGAAGCCCCAUGGAAAACUCCACUCGUUCUGUCAUUCGUAGAAGCUGGUCAAGAAGUAACGGGAUACCCAAACAGAGACAUCAACGGAAAAUAUCAGACCGGAUUCAUGGUAGCACAGGGCACGAUCCGGAGGGGCACUCGCUGUAGCUCGGCAAAAGCGUUCCUACGACCAGCCAGGCUCAGGGCCAAUUUGCACGUCGCCAUGCAAGCGCACGUCACCAAAAUCGUUAUAAACCCAAUAACCAAACGGGCUACCGGAGUGCAGUUCCUGAGGGACGGUCACGUGCAUCUGGUGCACGCCAAACGCGAAGUGAUCCUAUCGGCCGGCGCCGUCGGCAGUCCCCAGAUAAUGAUGCUGUCCGGAAUCGGACCCAAGGAGCACCUACACCGGUUGAACAUACCGUUAGUGCAGGACUUGCGGGUCGGAGACAACCUGCAAGACCACGUCGGACUGGCCGGACUCACGUUCAUCGUCGACAAGCCCGUAGCCAUUGUGCAGAAUCGAUUGAGGCCGAUUCCCGUAACGAUGGAGUUCAUUGCUCGAGAAAGAGGACCGAUGACUACACUGGGCGGUGUCGAAGGACUCGGAUUUAUACCCACGGUCUACGCCAACGACACGGACUAUCCAGAUAUUCAAUUUCACAUGGCGCCUGCCAGCAUAUCCUCGGACGACGGAAUCAAAGUCCGCAAAAUAUUAGGCAUCCAAGAUUCUCUGUAUGACAGAGUGUAUCGUCCGAUAGCCGACAAAGACGCUUGGACUAUCAUCCCUUUGUUGCUGAGACCGCGGUCUCGGGGCAAAAUCAGACUGCGAUCUAAAGACCCGAUGGUUUACCCGUACAUACAUGCCAAUUAUUUCGACGAUCCCUUGGACAUUGCGACACUAGUGGAAGGCGUCAAGACUGCCGUAAAAAUAGGUCAGAGCAGACCGUUCCGGCAGUAUCGUUCGCGGCUCCACAGAACUCCCAUACCGGGCUGUGUGCGAUUCGAGUUCAACACGGACCCGUACUGGGAGUGCGCCAUCCGUCACCUGAGCAUGACCAUUUACCAUCCGGUAGGAACGUGCAAGAUGGGACCGCCGGACGACCCGGCCGCCGUGGUGGACCCGAGACUGAGAGUGCACGGAGUGCAAGGACUGCGCGUGGUGGACGCGUCGGUGAUGCCGACCAUAGUCAGCGGCAACACCAACGCGCCGGUGAUCAUGAUCGGCGAAAAGGCGUCGGACAUGAUCAAACAGGACUGGUUGUCGGACAACCGGUACUCGGGUUGAGAUCGAAACGUGUGUCCUGAAAUUAUAAUAGGAUUUCCCGCCCCUCCGAUCCUAUUUAUAGAAACGAUUACGACUGUGCCAUUUGCAGUGUACCCACUACGGGUUAUUUCUCAAAUCGUAUGUUAUAUUUAAAUAACUGUUACCAUUUUUUUUUUUUUUUUUGUAACUUCUAUGU